AUGAGGCAUCUGCAGCAACAAGCGUUUGUUGCGGAAUUUAAGCGGCUCGGCAAGAACAAAUUCGUUCAUCGUGACUCAAAGCUAUCGAAUUUUCAUCCUUAUCUUAAUAAAAAUGGACUCAUUACAUUGAAGUAUCGAACUAAGCUUUCUAGAUCGCUUCCGGAACAGCCUGAGGUUCCUAUUCUACCGAAUCGACUCCCGAAUGAAAAGAGGGAGCCGCAUUUCAUCACCCUGCUUGUUCGUGAUGUGCAUCGGCGUCUUUUGCAUGCUGGUGUUCGAGAUACGUUGACAGAACUACGCCAAACGAGCUGGAUUCUAAAGGGCAGGCAAGUGGCGAAGAAGAUUUUGGCAAGAUGUUUGACAUGCAAUCGAGUCAACAGAAAGCCGUAUGACCAGCCGACUGGACCUUUGCAAGUCGAUCGAUGCACGAUGUCGCAACCGUUCGACGUCACCGGCGUCGAUUUAGCUGUGCCAGUUUACUUACUGACCCGCGCUCUUCAUUUGGAGUUGGUUCAAACGCUGACAGCCGUCGGUUUCCUGAUGGCGUUCGACCGUUUCGUAUCCAGAUUUGGGAUUUGUCAAAUAGUCUAUUCAGACAAUGCGAAGACAUUUCACCGAGCCAACAAGGAUUUGGCCGAAAUUUGGAAAGGAGCCGAACCAGAAAUCUUGAUCGAUCUUGCCAACCGCGGAAUCACAACCGGAACGGCCCAUUUAACCGAAGAGGAGCUCCGAACUACACUUUGUAAAAUCGAAGCUGUAGUGAAUUCGCGCCCUCUCACUUAUGUCUACAACGACCAUGAAGAAGCGCAGUCAUUGUGUCCCAGUCAUUUUUUUGCUGGACGGCGAUUGACGACUCUACCUCCCAUCCCUCAAUCCGCCACGGAAACUAAUGCAACUCGAAGAGAGUUGGUUGAGCGAGUUGAAUACUAUGGGAAGCUCACAGCUGAUUUCAAGAAAAGAUGGCACACGGAAUGUCUGCAAGAACGAGCUCUUCACUUUAAGCACCAGCAUCGAGUUGAACCUAUUCGCAUAGGAGAAGUUGUCCUGAUUCAAGAAAACAAUAAGAAGCGUCAGCAAUGGGACAUUGGAGUCAUCAAGGAGACCAUUCCGUCAUCUGACGGUGUCGUCCGACAAGUUCUUCUUCGAACUGCUUCCGGCCAAUUGCGCCGACCUGUGCAACGGCUUUGUGCGCUGGAAAUCAACGAAAACAAUCCAUGGGAGAAGGAGCUUCCACCGAUUGUUCAGAAUGACGCCGAAGAGGAGGAGAUUCAUCCGUCCGUGUCAUUUGCCGAAGCAGAGGAGAUUCAUCCGUCGGCGUCAUCUGCCGACGCGAUCCCACAACACGAGAACAUUAUUGAGCCCCCACAACCGGAAGAAAAUCAACCGGAAUUAUUGCAAGACGUCCCUCAAGACGUCCAGAAAGGGGGAGUGUAG